CCAUUACAGAGGUGAAGCACCGAGCACGAACUCUCUUCAGAUUCUCUCUACAAGAAGCUCCAUUUCCAGCUGAUGGAGAGGAAAACUCCAAAUAGAACAAGGAGGAAGCAGAGAAGCAACCAAAAAAGCAAGAAGAGGAUGAACAAGGGUUCACUUUCCAGGCAUUUCACUGUUGGGAUUGCCAAACCUCCGCUUCCUAAUCAACAACAGCUUCAUUCCUUAUUUUCUAAUGUUACUUUACCGAAUCCUUCUCGAUUCCAGAAACUUCAGGAUUCUGAUGACCUUCCGCCAGCUCAAUCUCAGUUCUCUUCAGUUUUGUCGUUGAAUCUCGAUGCUGAUGCUGAUGUUGCCGAUGUUGCUGAAAAGGAUUUCAUUCUCAGUCAAGAUUUCUUCUGUACCCCGGAUUACCUAACGCCAGAUGCACCUGCAAUUUGUAAUGGGCUUGAUGGUGAUAAGGAAGAUUAUACUCCUUGUCCCAAAUCACCCGAGAAGCUUCAAAGUGUAUCAAGAAAGAGGCCGCGACUAGCGUCGGUAAGGCCUUUUAGUUCCGAUUUAUCUGGACAGCAGCAGCCAGUAGAUAUUCCUACAGAUACUUUUGGGACAGACGAAACGAAAUCAGAAAAGAUAAGUGAGUCAGAAAAGGGUCCCAGUUAUGUGUCACAAUCUGCUAUUGCUUUAAGAUAUCGAGUCAUGCCUCCUCCAUGCAUUAGAAACCCUUAUCUCGGGGAUGCUUCCGGGAUAGAUGCUGAUCCUUUUGGGAACAGGAGAUCCAAAUACCCAGGUUUUAACCCUGCAAUUUCUGGUAAUGAUGGUCUGUCACGGUAUCGGACUGAUUUCCAUGAAAUUGAGCAAAUUGGUAGUGGGAACUUCAGCCGUGUUUUCAAAGUCUUUAAGAGAAUUGAUGGAUGUAUGUAUGCAGUGAAACAUAGCACUAAACAGUUACAUCAAGACACAGAUAGGAGAAAGGCUUUGAUGGAAGUGCAAGCAUUGGCUGCUUUAGGACCUCAUGAGAACGUAGUUGGCUAUUAUUCAUCUUGGUUUGAAAAUGAACACCUUUACAUCCAAAUGGAGCUCUGUGACCACAGCUUAUCCAACAAAAAAUAUUCUGAACUAUUUUCGGAGGUAGAAGUUUUGGAAGCCAUGUAUCAGGUAGCCAAGGCAUUGCAGUUUAUACAUCAGAGAGGGGUAGCUCAUUUAGAUGUAAAGCCAGAUAAUAUUUAUGUGAAAAAUGGUGUAUAUAAGCUUGGUGAUUUUGGAUGUGCAACUCUUCUUGAUAAGAGCCAGCCUAUUGAAGAGGGUGAUGCACGUUAUAUGCCCCAAGAAAUACUUAAUGAGAACUAUGAUCAUCUUGACAAAGUUGACAUAUUCUCCUUGGGCGCUGCAAUAUAUGAACUUAUUAGAGGGUCUUCACUGCCAGAAUCAGGCCUUCAUUUUCUAAACCUUAGGGAGGGGAAAUUGCCUCUUCUUCCGGGUCACUCCUUGCAAUUUCAGAAUCUACUCAAGGCAAUGAUGGACCCAGAUCCAACACGCCGUCCUUCUGCAAAAAGCCUUGUGGAUAAUCCAAUCUUUGAAAGAUGGCAAGGAAAUGCUAACAAGUAGAUAUCCAUGUAAAUCACUGUUUUCUCGGAUUUGUCGAGAACUACUUUUGCCAAAGCUGCAGUUUCUCAUGCAGCAUUCUGGUGUUGACCUAUAGCCAUAUCUGUUAAUAAAGAUAAAGCCUCAUGCACCAAAUUUUCCCAUUUUGAUGGUGCUACUUUUGCCAAAUAUUGUAUCAAGAGGAAAUGUUGUAUCCUAAUUGACCUGCAAACUGUGGUUUGUAUGUCAAAAUAUGGUAUUUGGUGGUUUUAAGCUGAUUAAUUCAGUAUUGGUUUUUGGUUUUGGUAA